UCUCUGACUUUGAAUACAUAUAAGGCUCUCCAGAUUGUCAUCAACCUGCAGCGUUCUUGGACUUUCCUGCUCGUCCUGUUUUCUUAACUGCAAGGUUGAACUCUGUUCUCUAAGAAUUCCCUCUCUUUGUUUCACUGUAUUGAGACAGACACAAUGGCCAUAAAGGCAAUUGGUUUCAUUGAAGGUUGUCUACCUGAGGAAUUAAAGAAGGUCAUCCCGUUGAAGGGGGCCAUGACUAAUGAGGUGUACCAAUUAAACUGGCCGACUAAGAAUGGUGAUCAACUCCGGAAAGUUCUGGUCCGGGUUUAUGGAGAAGGGGUUGACCUGUUUUUCAAUAGGGAUGAUGAAAUUAGGACCUUUGAGUGCAUGUCCAAGCACGGUCAGGGGCCCCGUCUUCUUGGACGGUUCCCAGAGGGACGUGUUGAGGAGUUCAUUCAUGCUAGGACACUAUCAGCUGCUGACCUCCGUGAUCCUGAAACAUCUGCUAUUAUAGCAGCUAAGCUGAGGGAGUUCCACAAUCUGGAGAUGCCUGGUUCAAGAAAUGUAGUACUUUGGGACAGAAUGAGAAACUGGCUUAGUGAGGCUAAAACUUUGUGUUCAGUAAAGGACAAAAAGGAUUUUGGGUUGGAUACUUUGGAGGAAGAAAUUAACAUGUUGGAGAAGAAACUGUCAGAGGACUGUCAAGACAUUGGCUUCUGUCACAAUGACUUGCAGUACGGUAACAUAAUGAUGGAUGAAGAAACCAGAUCAAUCACUAUAAUCGAUUAUGAAUAUGCCAGUUACAAUCCUGUUGCUUAUGACCUUGCGAAUCAUUUCUGUGAAAUGGUAGCAAACUACCACUCUGAGGCACCUCACUUUUUGGACUACAGGAAAUAUCCAGGUCUGGAUGAGCGCCAGAGAUUUGUGCGUCUAUAUCUGAGCUCUGCAGAGUACGAACCCAGUGAUGCUGAGGUGGCACAAUUGGUCGACAAAGUAGAGCAGUACACAUUGGCAAACCAUCUCUUUUGGGGGUUAUGGGGAAUAAUCUCGGGUUAUGUGAACAAAAUUGAAUUUGACUACAUGGAGUACGCGAGGCAGAGGUUUCAGCAAUAUUGGUUAAGAAAACCUGCAUUAUUGGGUUCUUGAAUCAAAGACUAUCGUAGCUUAUUUUUCAUGUAGAGGGCUUCCAGGUUACCUGUGUGAUGUUCAUAUAAAAUGUAGCUGUUUAUGCCUUUGACAGCACAUAAAAAUUCGUACGGGAUGAGACUUGUGUAUAAUGAUUUCUUUCUCAUGUGUUUGCAAAUAACUUGUACAAGUACUCUCGUGAGCUUUAUUGUAUAGCUUGAAGGAGUGUUUUAUAUAAAUAGGAUUGUGCCCAAGCAUAUACGAUUGGGAGCAUAUU